AUGGCAACGUCCCUGACGCAGAAACUUGGGUACAGCAGUGUGCUAGGCGAUGUUGUAGGCGGUUUGGUGUAUAGUGUCCUAUCGUUCUGGGCUUUUUCUGGGACGGACUCUAUGAUACUUUCCACUACUGGGCAUGAUGGGAUACGUGACACGCUGGUUAAGCUUUUGUUUAUCAUCUUCCUGGUUCCAGCCCUAAUAUGGGGUUUCAUUGAUCCGAUGGUGGGCACUGGGCUUAUGGGUUUUGCAACUGGCGUACUAUACUCGGCUUUAUGUGGCAUAGAUCUAUCAAUAUGCCACAUUGUAGGCGUUAUUGUGUGCUGCUUCGCAUACAACGGAACGGUUCCUCCUUACGAGAGUAAACUAGACCGCAAGCUCCGGAAACAGAGCUCAGCCGAGGUCUGUUCAGUUUGCCUCCUACCUAUUGCCCACUCGGAGAAGGACGAGCGGGAUGGGACGAUGGAGGCGGAAACGGACAUUGUCGGAGUUCUGACCACCCUCAUGCUGCCAUAUAUCUCUGCGGCUGCUGGUUACUUGGUGAUGUUUGCCUUGCCCCGAAAUUUGCAACCACACACCAUGAAGGAUCGACUUGGGCCAAAAUGGGUGCGAAGUCUGUUAGGCGGUUAUAUUUUUGUUAUGGAGAAAUCCUUUGCGAAGGUGCCAAACGCAGAUAGAGGUCACCACUGGGCCACUUCCCAUAGUGACCGUGAUUUUAUCCCUAGCUCUGAGGCUCGCUUUACCUAG